CGAUACUUCAUAUUCACCUCACUCUCUAGCUCCAUUUACAAACUACAAUGGAGUUAUUAACCGCAUUUAUGCUUUUGUUCACAGCCUCCGUUAGUUUUGCGUUUGCAAAAUUAAUAUUCCGACGAGGUGAAACAUGCUACAUGCUUGACUAUGAAUGUUACAAGGGCAACAAGGAAAUGAAGCUAAACACAGAAGAAUGCGCGAAAAUUGUUUCGCGCAACAAGAAUCUUCGUAUCGAAGAUUACCGGUUCUUGUUACAAACCAUCGUUAACUCCGGCCUCGGUGAAGAAACUUUUGGCCCCAAAAACAUCAUUUCGGGCGAAGAACAACGCCCGAAAUAUGUAGAUUGUCUAUCCGAACUCGAGUUGAUAUUUUAUGACACUCUUGACAAUAUAUUUGCUAGGUCGAAUAUAUCACCAUCUCAAGUUGAUAUACUUGUGGUGAAUGUAUCUUUACUCUCAGCUGUCCCUUCUUUAACAUCUAGAAUUAUAAAUCAUUACAACAUGCGAGAGGAUGUCAAGGCGUUUAAUCUCUCGGGCAUGGGGUGUAGCGCGAGUCUCAUAGCGAUUGAUUUGGUUCAACAUUUGUUCAAGACGCAGAAGAAGAGAUUAGCCGUUGUUGUGAGCACAGAAUCUAUGGCGGGUAACUGGUACUGUGGGAGAGAAAGGUCUAUGAUGCUGUCGAACUGUAUUUUCCGCGUAGGAGGAUGUUCCAUGCUUUUAACUAACGAUAGGGCUCGUAAGAACCAAGCGAUUUUGAAGCUGAAUUGCUUGGUUCGAACCCAAUUCGGUGCAAAUGAUGACGCAUACAAUUGUUGUAUGCAAGUCGAAGAUGACGAUGGAUAUGCUGGUUUUCGUCUAACCAAACUGCUCACGAAAGCUGCAGCUCGAUCUUUAUCGAAGAAUUUUCAAGUUCUUCUACCAAAAGUGCUUCCACUUUGGGAGAUAAUUCGUUAUGCAGUUACUAGAAAAACUGGUUCGAAAAUUAACCUCAAAACCGGGAUCGAACACUUCUGCAUACACCCUGGUGGGAGAGCUGUGAUCGAUGAAGUGGGCGCGAGUCUAGGUCUAGAUGAAUAUGAUCUAGAACCUGCUCGAAUGACGCUGCAUCGCUUUGGCAACACGUCGGCGGGUGGGUUGUGGUAUGUUUUAGGGUACAUGGAGGCCAAGAAAAGACUGAAGAAAGGUGACAGAAUCUUGAUGAUCAGUUUGGGUGCAGGUUUCAAAUGUAACAACUGUGUUUGGGAGGUCACUAGAGACAUGAAUCAACCAAAUGUCUGGGAAGAUGUGAUUGAAAAUUAUCCCCCAAAGAAGAUGAAAAACCCUUUUCUAGAGAAGUACGGAUGGAUCAAUGAUGAGGUUGUAGGGUUUAUCAGACCUGAGGAAAUAGCCAAGAUGCUUGGUUUUGCAUAGACCAUCACUUUUCAAAUCUUCAUCACAUUGAGUGUGAAUCAUAUAAGGGAUGACCUUAUGAAUCUCAAGAAGGUCGAUAAUCGAAAAGGCGAAAAUAUUUGGGACUUUACACCAUGAGCUCACUCCAUUCCAAACAUUGGCCGCGACUAAACAUGCACAAAACAAGUGCUCAGCUGAUUCGUCAUCAGAACUGCAAACCGGACACAACAAUUCCCCGCAAAAAAGGUUUCUAUUCCUUAAUGCAACUCCCGUUGGGAUCCUUUCCAUAUCUGAUCUCCACGCGUGAAUAUUACAUUUGUCCGGGACCCAUUUGCUUCACUCCAUUAUAUACCUAUUAUUUGUCUCCGAAACCGAGUACAACAACUUUUUAACGCUUUUUACAGUGAACAAACCUUCCUGAUCUGCAGCCCAUCUCCAUCUAUCAGCUGCAAAAGUGAUCCAACUAAGAGUGUCGAGAGUAAAAUUGGGCUGGUUUUCCUUUUUAUUAAUGUUUUAAAUCCAAAGCUGAGUUUCAAAUUUUACCAUAAGGUAGCUAGAA